AUGCCUUCUGAUGAUAAUCUUCGACACAUGUCUGAUAGCAACACAUCAGAACACAUGCAAGUUGAUAAAAACAUUGUCCAACCUCAGCAAAGUGCCACAAACAAUGCCAAAGAACAAAAACUUGCAGCACCAGAACUGGAAUUCUAUGCAGACAACCCAUAUAUCGAUAACUCAAUAGAAUGGGCUCAAAUAGAAAGACCUAUAGAGGAAUUAAAUUUUCCACAAUUCCAAACCUUUAAUGACAUGUGA